GUAUUUGGCACCGAGGCUUUCUUGUCCAAAAUAUGUAGGUUUAAAAACAUGAAGAAAUAAUAUCCGACAGCUAACAGCGCGUUGCGUCCCGUUCAAGUGCAUGCCUUCACGUCUCUGUGUGUAAAUAGCAGUCAGUUAUGGAUUCCGCCUUUGAGAGGCACUGCUCGGAGCUGGUCGCCCGGGAACGAAGCGGACAUACUGCUGUGUUGCAUGACAAUCUCCUGUAUGUGUGGGGAGGCUAUAUGUCUGUUGCUGAGGAAGAAGUUUUCUUACCUAAUGAUGAAAUCUGGGUGUAUGAACUAGACGCAGGUAUUUGGAAGGUGUGUCACAUGGAUGGGGACGUCCCUCCCCCCAUGUCUGGGACCUGCAGCUGCUACAUGAAUGGACACAUGUACAUAUUUGGAGGUUGUGAUGACAAUGGACAGACCAAUCAGAUGUACGGCGUCAACCUGGAAGAUGGGAAAUAUACAUGGAAGAGGAUAAUGCAUGAAUUUGGCUCAGCCCCCUCUCCCCGAGACAAAUUGUCCUGCUGGGUUUACAAUGGACGGCUCGCCUACUUUGGUGGUUAUGGUCACAAACUACUGAGUGAUCUCGACCGGAGGAGUGGAAGCUUUAUUGUGGAUGAAACUUCAUGGGUGGGAGAUGUCUUUUGGGGAUGGAACAAUGAAGUUCACAUAUUUGACCCCAUGCAGUCCAGCUGGAGUGAACCGCGGACCCACGGCCGAGCUCCUGCUCCAAGGGCAGCCCAUGGCAGUGCUGCGCUCGGUUACAGAGGAUACAUUUGUGGAGGUAGAGUUAUGGAAACCAGGACAAAUGACAUCCAUUGCUUAAACCUUGAAUCAUGGACAUGGUCAGAAAUAAUCCCGUUGUCCCCAACUCCGGUGGGGAGAUCAUGGCACACACUCACAGCAGUAUCAGACAACACCUUGUUCCUGUUUGGAGGUCUGAGUGUUGACUGCAAACCAAUGAGUGAUGGGUGGUUGCUUGAUGUCGAAACAAAGAAGUGGAAAGAGUUAGAGCAUCCCUUUAAGAAUAAGCCAAGGUUGUGGCACACAGCUAAUCCAGGCAAAGAUGCUGAUGUGAUUGUGUUUGGUGGAAGUUGUGACUACAUCUUGCUUGUCGACACUGGUCACUGCAAUGAUGCACUUGUUUUUCAGACGCAACCAUAUCCCCUGUUUAGGAUUUGUGAGGAUUACAUUGCAAAGAAUGUGAGAAACAACGAGGUGCUCCGAAAUCAACUUCCUCUCCUGCCUCGCAAGCUACUGAAGCUCUUACAGAGAAGGAUCUCUUUCUACAGGCCUUCGAAAAAGCAAAUGACUAGCUAAAAAGACCUUGAAUGCCAUGCUGUUUAAAGUGCUAUAUUUCUCCUUUAUUGUUUUACAAAUUAAUAUUUUAUUUUGUACAGUCUGCCUACAGUCCCUGCGAUGACUGCGCUGAAUAAAUGACAGAUUGACACUUUGA